AUGGAAGAAAACGACACCAACGCGCCUCGGCGUACAAAGCGAGCACACUCCCCGUCGAGUGAGAAAGACGCCAAGCGGGCGCGAAAUGCGUCGUCUGCUGCUCCACGGGAGAUACCAACCUUUGGACGUCUGCAAGUCGUGGCUGACGACGACGAAGACUCCGUCAGCUUCGUCAAAAUCACCAAUCCGCGCCCGCGCAAGAAGGCCGUCGUGGACCACAUCUCAGACGACAUCUUUGCGUUUCACGGCCCUCGCGAGCAGUCUCAAGCGAUGCUUGAGAUGAUUCUAGGGAUGACCACAGGCUCCGAUGGUUUUGUCUCCGGUAUGAUAUGUAUCGUCCCGAAUCCAAGCACUGCUCCAGACUCCGUCAAGCCAGUCGCCUCCUCUGAGCCAGUCAUCUCGUCUGAGCCAGUCAUCUCGUCUGAGCCAGUCAUCUCGUCUGAGCCAGUCAUCUCGUCUGAUCUAGUCAUCUCGUCUGAGCCAGUUGCCUUUUCGCAAUCAGUUGUCCGGUCUCAACCGGCCAUGCAACCUGAGACAGCCAUAUCGGUCGAGCCUACCAUAAAGCGAGAGCCCGUCGCAACUCUUGACCCGGCCUUUCUCGUCUCAACAGACAAUGAUCGGUUCAGACGAUCGCUGUCCUUUCGACUCGAAAGCCCACCAUCCCAAACCUCUCGUGCGGCGUCAACAAUGCAUCACGACGACUGGGAGCCACUUCGCAGGCCAGCGACCAUGUCUCGCCCCUAUCAGUUUGGGACGAUGAUGCCUCGUGAGUGGGAGCCAAUGCCCAGACCAGAGUCCAUUUCUCGGAUGCCGUCGGCGAUUCCACGCGAGGAACUGCGACCAAAGCUCAGGCCAGAUGCCACGUCUCGAGGGAUCUCAGGUCCGUCCCGACCCGCUCCACCUGAAAAGGCUUCGGUCCGGCCUGGCGCUCGGCGAGCACAGGUCCCACCGAAGAGGAAGCCGCGUCCGCACGCAUCCUCCCACAACCAAGGCUCCUCCCAUCUCAAGAGAGACGCAGAAAAUGCCAACGUCAAAUGCGGGAACUGUUCUGCCUGGGGUCAUCAGCUCCUGGACUGCGUGUGGCCAGGUAAGAGAGGCGACAUAUUUGGCUGUGUGUUCUGCAACACAAAGUCUCACGCCGUUGACAAUUGUCCGCGGGCCAAUGAGUUUACCCACCGCGAAUGGUGCUACGUCUUGGUGUUCCGCAGGGCCAACAAGCCAUCCAUCAGAACUUCGCGGUCUUGGAGACAACUCGUCUUGAUGGCCCACGACGAAAGGUGGGACUACUUGAUACAGGCGGGAUUCCCCUGGACCUUGCGCUUCGGAUUCGAAAUGACAAAGCCCAAAAACAAGUUCCGUCAGCCAUGGUUUCUCUAUGACUACUCCAAGGACUCGGAGAAUCAGAGUCUGCUCGUCCGAGAUCCUGAAACCAAGGACCUGGAGACUGUCCUUGGCAACAGCGACCUUGAUAAGGAGCGAUGGGCAAGAAGGUAG